CGCAUUAUAAUUAUUCAAUGUGGCAUGUCUUGUGUCUGCCGUGUGUUAUGCUUAGCUACGUUCCAUAGGCUAUAGCUACCGUCAUGAAAUUAGAUAGGUUUGAUUUUCUGUAGUUGUAGGCUAAUUGCGGUUUCUCAGCUGAUUGACAAUGUUGAGCUUGGUAUGCUUCAUAGGUGUCUCAUGGUGACAUUUUGUGUGUGGGUUAAUAGCGACAACAGUGAAACACCACAACUCCAUAGCAAAUGCAGGUAACCAAAGAAACAUCAGAAACUAUACCCGUUUUUGAAACGUGGGCCUUAGUUAAAAAACUUUUUUUACUACCUUCUGGGUAUGGUGAUUAUGAUGAUGGCAAUAAACUUCAGUUCCUAUUGGGUGAUUCAAUAAUGAUCACAUAGUGAAGGAAUGAGGGAGUUGGAAAUGGCGACAUAGCGUGUAAAAACAAUGCACAUUUCUGCGUUAAAUAACAAUUAUAAUUUCAUGAGAGAAAUGCGAUUGGCUGGUAGCUAUGUAGAUUAAUUUACAGGUGCAUAUUUUCAGAUUUGUUGGAGGAAAAUCAGUGGUAAGCUUUUCUUUAUAAUAAAUGAAAGGGAGUGAAAUUGCAAAGAGUAAAAAACUCUCAAAAUAAAGCUCGAUUUCUGAUAAGAGGAAGUUGGUUGCAGUGAGUGAUAGUGCGAUGGAAACAGGGAGAUAGAUGUAUCCAGUCAAGUGACUAAUGGUUAGUCACUUGAGGGAGGUCUACAUUGCUCUUGUGUGUGUGCAGGCCUGUGCCCUCCCUUGACACGAAACAUCAUUCCAUUUUCCUCAUUCUUAGGAUCAGCAAAGGUCUCUGUUGAAGGCGAAAGUGAUAGAAAGCAGAGUGAGGACGAAAAACCCUACUCUUACCAACUGCUAACUGCAAUUCAAAUGUAGUUCAUAACCAAAUUCCUGGGCUGAACAAGUAGCGACUGGUUAGGCUCCCAGACAGUAACUACCCUAAGGGCUUAAAUCAAGUUUUGUAUUGUUAAAUGCCAACCAAUAAUAACAAUAAUAGAGACUAGCAAUACUUACUCUAUGAAUGAUAGAGCAACUUCAGCUAGAUUUCUCACAGGGUUGUCAACCACUGCUGACCGUUUAGUGUCUUCCACUAGGAUCAUAUAGAGAACAGCAAUGCAGCAAAUUCAUGGACUUCUUCUUUUUUUUCAUUCACAUGUCAUGUUAAUAACCCUUUAGUUCUACAUAAAAAGGAAGGAAGGAAGGCAAAUGGGACAGAGGUUAACAAGACUCUGACAGGGUCAUCUGGAGGGAUCGGCCAAUGGCGUUGGAACUCCCACCCAGUUGACUACAUUGAAAUGUUUGACUCCCUAAAUGGUGUGGAAAUGUUAAAUGAGGGUAAAGUCACACCUCUGUGAGUAAGAAUUUAUCCCGGUUUGUCAAAACCAGACCUGUCCUGUCUAAGAAAUAGUUUGCAGUUAAUGUCAUACAAACGUACAGAUUUCUCUACUAAUGUAGUUCCCCUCUCAAUUUUUUUUGCCAUGGAGUUUUAAGCAAUAGCUCAGGUUUUUGGCGCUGCGGGCCCUUCAUCUACAUCACCAGAGUCCGAUGAUAUUGUGCACACCGUUUCUAUGUCCUGCAUGCAACCUGAAGGAAGCCAAAUGUGAAGUCCUGCGCCUUCACCCCCCACCCCAUGAAAAGUUAGUGCCCCAAGUCGUGGGCACAUCCCAGAGGUUGGAAACCCCAGCUUAAAAUGCAACCGAUUGGCUGGCUCCGACUGACACGGAAAUUUGUAUUCACAAACGACUUAUUAAACUGUAGGCUGGCAACUGCAACUCGGUAUAAGCCUAUAAUCAUAUGAACUGGAUUGAGGGGAUUGUGUGUCAUCCUGGCCUGUGUCUGGUCCUGUCCCCGUGUCUGGUUUGCCUUUGCUUCCAGCACGUACUGUACGGUUCUCACUCUAACACUAUUAGAGAAAGCGCCUGCAGCUUCGUGACACAAACGUCCCCUCUGCGGCCGUGACAGUGCACCGCCGCGACGGUGGAGCACCGCUAUUUAUAGGAUGGCUGAGAUGUUUCUGCUGCUAUUUCGGCACGACCUGCUUAAGGUGUACAGCGGUGCCAAAAUGACUGGUGAAUUAAACAUGAAAUGGCUCUUUCUACACAGCCAGGCCCGGUUUGAACUAGGACGUGUUGUAGUAAGGCAUUACUGUUUUCAAUCAGUCCGUCCCUGGCCGUCUCUCAGUGGGUCUGUCUGUCGGUGGAUAAUAUAGAUAGGAAUUGCGUUUAGUUGUGAUGAGAGGCCUAGACUAUGGUUGAUUGUGUAUGGACUGGGUUGUGUUUGGCACAGUAGUGAAGUUGGUAGCUAUACAAACAACGCAAGCGUAUGUUGUUUUCCGUUUUGGCAACUGGCUACAAGGGGAAGUGAGAAAGCUUUGUUGACAAAGUGUUGGGAAUUAUAUCAGACAGUGUAUAUCGGACAAUGUCAGACACCACUCGGACAAUGUGUAGACAACACUUAGAUAAUUCUGUUUUCAGUGUAUCUGGUACAGUAUGUAGACACUAGAAUACAACAGAGUGGAUUUUCAGGAGUGGUGAGGAGUCACAAUGUGCUGUAGACCUAGUGUGUGGACAGCACACAUGUUCCUGAAUGGUCAAGAGUGAGGAAAUCCUUUGGACUUAGGUCCAGGAUGUUGGGUCGUUAGCUUCACACGCUGAGGCGCUUUCCAAUAGGCAGCCUUGUCUAGGCUUCAGUGGGUCGGGUGAAUGGAGUUUCGCCCUGUUGGAGCGACAAUGUCGAUGAAUGUCAAGCUGAAAAGAGGGGUUGUGGACUACGACACACAAAUCAAAGAGGUGCGCACGCAGUUGCUGGACCAGUUAAAGGUGUUGGAUCUUCAGUUGGAGCAGAAAACACAACAGCUGCAGGACCUUACGGACUACCUGCGUAGGCGCAGCGAGAUAGAGGGGGAGUACGCCCGCUCGCUGGACAAACUGGCCGAGAGGUUCACCUCCAAAACCAAAAAGAAGGAGCCAUGUGGUGGCCAGUCUGUGGCCCAGUGCUGGCAGGUUCUACUGGCCCAUACCAGGCAGGAGAGUAGGGACCACAGUGGCCUAAGUGACCUCUGUAACUCCUCCCUCACCCAGCCCCUCACACACUGCCUGGAGGUCACGCAGCGCCUGGCCAAGAAGAGUAGAGAAAUCUGCCUGCAGUUACAGGAUGAUCUCCUGAAGGUCACCACAGAGCUGCAAACAGCGUGGAGAACCUACUACCAGUACCACACUGAAUAUGUUUCUGCGGAAGGAAAGCUGAAGGAAGCAGAGAAGCAGAAGCAAGGCGCCUCUAAAAAGAUAGAGAAAAGACAGGGUAAAGUUCAGGAGAUCCAGCUGAAGUGCACCAAGGCUCGUAAUGACUACCUCCUCAACCUGGCCGCUGCCAACGCGUCCAUGAACAAGUACUAUCUCCAAGAUCUCUCCUCACUGCUGGAUUGCUCAGAUGUGGGCUACCACCAGUCUCUGACUCGUGUGCUGCGCUCCUACCUGUCCAGCCGGACCCGGUGGCAGCAGGACCUGACCGGGGGGCUGCAGCAGCUGCAUACGGCCUUGUCCGGACUGGACCAGAGUCAGGACCGGGACAACAUGCUACAGACUUACAACAAUAUCUUCUGUCUGCCCCUUAAAUUCCAGUACCAGCCCCACGAUGGAGACCAGGUGUGUGAGGUGAGUGCUGAGCAAGAGAUUAGGAGUGAGAUGGAGACCAGGUUCCACCAGCUACAGUCAAAACUCAUGGGGUUCAUCUUGGAAACAGAUGAGGCCGGUAAAACGCUCCAGGCCGCCCGCUCUGCCCUGCUGGAUAGUAUCAGUGAUGAUGACCUGGAUCCCCCACCCUCUAGCAACCAGAGCCAAGGCUCCCAGGGCCAUCUGCAGGCCCAAUCUCAGAGCCAAGUUCAUGGGGGCAGCAGUGAAAAUCUGUCCGGCAGCACUAACCGACCCAGUCUGGCCAAACGAAGAGCCACGCUGCUUGACACGGAGCUCUUUUAUUGCACUAAAGUGAAGGAUUAUCUUUGUAAAAGCUCUUUGGUAUCCAAACUACAAGCAAAACAUGACCUGCUCAAGGUGGCUGUAGGGAAUGCUGAAGUGACCAAUGGCAAUCAACCCAGACAAAAUGCCAAGAAGACAGUUCGUGUGAGGAGGAAGGGUCAGCCGGGGGUCACGUUUACGCACAAACUAUUCACUGGAGACAUGCUGUCCUUCAUACAGGCAUCCGGACAGGAGAUUCCAGUCGUGGUGGAGAGUUGCAUUCGCUUCAUCAACCUCAAUGGUCUCCACCACGAGGGGAUCUUCAGGGUACCAGGGGCCCAGGCCGAGAUCAACAGUUUGAGGGAUGCAUUUGAGCGAGGAGAGGAUCCCCUGGCGGACAGCGACUGGGACAUGGACACUGUGGCCGGGGUACUGAAGCUCUACUUCAGGAAGCUGGAGAAUCCUCUGUUUCCUCAGAGCACCACUGCCCAGCUCCUGGAGUGUGCCCAGAUUGACAACGAGACAGAGCGAGCAGCCAAAUUAAAAUCAGUCGUCUCCUCAUAUCCUUCACCUGUUAUCGUCGUCAUGAGAUACCUCUUUGCGUUCCUCCAUCAUGUUUCUCAGUACAGCGACGAGAACAUGAUGCAGCCCUAUAAUCUGGCGGUGUGCUUCGGCCCCAGCCUGGUGCGGGGGUCAUCGGACGAAGACGUGGUCACCCUCCAGCCUCAGAUCAACAACCUGGUGAACAGCAUCAUUGUGCAGCACGAGAGCAUAUUUCCCAGCGCAACCGAGCUACCGGGACCGGCGUAUGAGAAAUGCAUGACGCUGAAGCUUGACGACUGCGACGAGGGAGAAGUUGACUUGGAGCAGCCAUUUAAAGACGAGACGGAGCUGAAGGGGGAGCGAUCUCGUGCCAACAGCAGCAGCAGUUCCAGGCAGUUCCCAGCAGGGGGCGGUGUGAACCUGGCAGGGAAGUUCACAUUAAACAUCCCCAUGUCCCCGUUGGACAGGCCCCUCUCGCCAGGAUACUUACGGAAAGAAGCCAAGGACCUGCCAUCAAGUGAAGAUGUGCCAGUUCAGGUUGACAAGGAGGUCUGCCGCAAUAUGAACAUAGUCUUCAAGGAGCUUCUCACUCGACAGUCACUCCCCCCCUCCUCUUCGGGCGCCUCAUUCCACCUCUCCCAGCCUCCCGCCCAGCACAAGAAAGGAGGUGUCGGGAGCAAGAAGUAAAGGCCUGUUUGGAUCAGGAAAGUCUGAAUGGAUGGAUUUGUACAUGGAUGUGGAAAUGAAAGGAAGAAGGUAGAAUAGGGAGUUGGGUGACGCGGCAGGAGGGGCAAAAGACAGCGAUCCUGAGGACCCCCAGAGGGGGCUGGUUUUAGAUACAAAUGUGUGAUGACUAGUGGUGACCAUGAUUACAUACGGCUGGGUUAAAUGAACCACAGUCCGUUCACUGAACUGCUGAGACAGGCUGACACGGAUUGGUUGGACGGACUGACAAAUGGAGGCAGGGAGACUGACUGAGACGGGGAGGGCGAGACUGCCAGACAUACGGAGGGAGGACAGACUGACAGAGACGGAUUGACAGACAGGCAGACGAACAGGCAGAUCAAGAAUCAUGGACGGACAGAUCAAGACAGUCAGACGCCGACCUUUGCUGGUACUGUGAAGCCUUGUGUGAGGGAUUGGUUGAACGCUGUGUUAAACGAGAUGGUGUAGGACAUCACAAUGUUCAACUGUUAUAAACGCACUGCUGACCACUUUAGAAGAGCAAUAAGGCAUCCCCGGGGUUAAUGGUAUAUUGUCCUCAAGCACGAGUGUUUUAAGUCCUUGGCUAUAUACUGCACCCACUUGUGUCUUCAUUUCACCACAGCUUUCAGCCAUUCCGCAUCCAUGACCCAAAAUUCCCAGUUUAUAACAUCCCAAAGCUCUUUCCAUAAAUUGGAAAUAAGAGUAAACUAAUGAGGGACCAAUAAAUAAUUCCAGUGAGUGACGUGUUCCCAUGAACCCCCCCCCCCCCCCCCCCCCCCCCCCCCCCCCCCCCCCCCCCCCUUUCAACUUAGCACUUGACUGAUCCACGCUCCAGUGACUCAAGGGAUUUUUCUACUUAAUUUUUUUUCUUUACUGUAUGCCAACGAUACACAGUGUCAGUGCUUGGAGUGGAUUCAUCAUAACUUAUUUAGCUCAUAAUGACUUGAAUGUACACUGCUGGAAAUUAAUUGAGUGUAAUGUUUAGAGAAGGUACAGAUUCUAUGCUGUUGUCUCUGUGGGCCGACGUCGGCCUUCAAGGCCCGUGUGGGGAAACGCCUAGGCAUGCUCACCAUUUGAUUCAGUCAGUUCACCAGAGGUCGCAUUCGCCUUCAUAGAAAAAUAUCUAUUUUAACCUGUGCCGCUGAGAUUUUGUCUGGUGGGUGAUCAAGAAACAUGGCAAUCAACUGUGAAUCCAAUUUCUGAUGAGUUUAAUUCUCUCAGAGAUAACCUCUAGCUUUUGUUACUAUCUUUUAAAAAUAUAUAUAUAUAUACAUGGUUUGCUAGAUCUCAUUGUUUUAAUAAAUGCUAAUUUUGAAUUUGCUAAAAAAAAUUCCCCUGUAGAUCUGUGAUUUAUCAAGUUCCUGGACAUAAGCUAAACAUCUGGCCACUAGAUGGCAGCACUGACUCAGCGUAGAUGCGGUAUUUGAGUGCCUACUGUGUCCUCGAAUAUUAAACUGCUGUACAGUCUUCAUGGGGAAAAACUAACACCUCAAUACUGUGUGAACCGAUGUUUCAAAAAUGUUUGAAAUUAAAAUGUUUGGGUAAAUGGCUUUA